UAAAAGAAAGGUUUUUUACAUUUUCACAAGUAGAUCAAAUCAUAAAACCAUAGGGUCUCCAAACGCUUCACACUCCAAUAAACCCAAAAUCACACACCAAAUAGUCUUCUCAAACCUCUUGUUAAAUUUCCCAUUAAUUCACAACAACAACAACAUUAGCAACUUUCUUGCUGUUAUUAUCCAUUAAUUCACUACCCUACUUGUAAUGCAGCAUUGCCGACAUUAAGUUUUCUGAAGAACUAAGCUACAAUGGGCAUUAUGUGUCAUCGCCGGAACAAUGUCGCUCCCGGAACUGAUCAGUUCAAGUUGUGGUCUUCUUUUUCUCGCGCUUCCUUCCGCCGCAUGAUCCUCGACGCCGUCCGCUGCGGCGGUGGCGUCCAACGUCAUAAACGUCCCGACCAGGUGGGUCCCAUCAACCUAUGUGAACCCAAAGAAGAAAAACAGAUGAUGAAGAAGAAACCUGCUGCCGGAUCCGACAGGUUGUCUGACCUAAUGAGGCUGUCGGAGUCUUCGGAGAACGAGGAUGACGUGCUAUUGCGCCGAAAGGUGCAAAUGCUGGAGGAGUUGAAGAGAGUAGUCAAGCGCUUACAGAGUAGCCAUGUCGACGCCGUUUUAGAAGGAGCAAAGGAGGUCCGCCGACUUACCAAGGAGGAUUCCCAAGCCAGAUCCACAUUAGCUUUGCUCGGAGCUAUUCCACCCCUCAUUGCAUUGCUUGAUUCAGACGAUUCCUUUUCUCACAUCGCGGCUCUCUAUGCUCUGCUUAACCUUGCAAUAGGCAACGAUGCGAAUAAAGCAGCAAUUGUUAAGGCGGGGGUGGUUCACAAGAUGCUGAUACUCGUAAAUGAAUUCCCAAAUCCCGAUGUGGCUGAAGCUGUAGUUGCUAAUUUUCUUGGGUUGAGUGCUUUGGACUCCAAUAAACCCAUAAUUGGUUCAUCUGGAGCAAUUGAAUUCCUGUUGACAAUUUUGAAGAAUGUGGAGGGGACAAACAGUUGUCAAGCUCGACAAGACUCGUUGAAAGCGCUUUACAACCUUUCCAUCUCGCCUUUGAAUGUUUUCCCCAUACUUGAGACUGAUCUCAUACCAUAUAUCAUGAACAAAUUGGGAGAUAUGGGUGUAAGCGAGAGAUUUCUGUCCAUUCUUUGCAAUGUAGUAUCAGUAGCAGAGGCCCGGAAGGCAAUUAGUAGUGUACCAGAUGCCUUCCCCAUGUUGAUUGAUGUUCUGAGUUGGACAGAUGCACCAGGUUGCCAAGAGAAAGCAUCAUAUAUUUUGAUGGUGAUGGGUCACAAGUCAUAUGGUGAUAGACAGUCAAUGAUUGAGGCUGGAGUUGCUUCCGCCCUGCUUGAAUUGACCCUUCUAGGCAGCACAUUGGCUCAAAAGCGGGCAUCGAGAAUCUUGGAAUGCUUGAGGGUGGACAAAGGAAAGCAAGUUUCCGAAAAUUAUGUAGGUGGAGGUGGUAUGAGCACCAUGAUAUCUGCCCCACAAGCUUCUACAGCAUAUUCUUCAAGUGUUCAAUUGAACGAUCGGAUGGACGAUGAUAUGAUGAGUGAAGAGAAAAAAGCAGUGAAGCAAUUAGUCCAGCAGAGCCUGCAGAAUAACAUGAAGAGGAUAGUGAAAAGGGCCAACCUACCCCAUGAAUUUGUUCCUUCUGAUCAUUUGAAGACCCUCACAACAAGCUCAACUUCUAAGAGCGUGCCAUUUUGAGAUUACUGAGUAUUUAGCAGCUUGGAAUUUUCUAUUUAAUGUAUGGUAUUGUCUUGGUUCGUCUCAGAUGCUCUUGUAGUUCCGGUAACUAUAUGGCGAUAUAGUAGCACUCGUAUAUUGUAAAUUUUAGUAUCAGUAUAAUAGUUUAAUCUUCCUUCUUGCUUAGUCUAUAAGGAACAACUGCUAAAUGGUAUGGAUCUCUACCUGUUAGGAAGAGAGGCAUUAGGCUAAUUAGCAAUAUGAGUGAGUUGACUUGCAGAUUUUCUUCCUUUAUCCAAGUGCAACCUGCAUAAUAAGUUCCGUCUUUG